GCCAUCUUCGUCCCGCCCCGCCGAGGCCCGCGGGCGCCAUCUUGUGCCCGGGGCCGGCCCCGCCAUCGCCCGGCAACGGCGGCGGGUCCGGCGGAGUCCCGGAGGCCGGCAUAGCAAAGCCUGGCCGGGCCCCAAGGCAGAGUGCUAACAAGUGCAGAGAACAUCUCAUUGAUUUUGUGAGUUCGAAAGGGGCAAGUGAAUUCUAGUUUAGCAGCCAGGAUGGAGGUCUUAAUGCCUGAACCACAGAUUUAUGUGGAAAGAACUCUGGCUAUCAUCAAACCAGAUGUCAUUUGUAAAGAAGAAGAAAUAGAGGAUCUCAUUCUCCGAUCAGGAUUCCACAUAAUUCAGAAACGGAAGCUCCAGUUAAGCCCAGAGCAAUGUAGCAACUUCUACGCAGAACAAUUUGGAAAAGUGUUUUUUCCUAAUUUAACAGCCUAUAUGAGUUCUGGUCCUAUAGUUGCUAUGGUUCUUGCUAGAAAUUGUGCAGUCUCAUACUGGAAGGAAUUGCUGGGACCAUCCAACAGCCUAAGAGCUAGGAUAACUCACCCUCACAGCUUAAGAGCACUCUAUGGGACUGAUGAGCUGAGGAAUGGGCUCCACGGCAGUCUCAGCAUCUCCUCAGCAGAGAAGGAAAUUCGAUUCAUCUUUCCAGAAGCAAUCUUGGAGCCAGUUCCCACUGGACAAAGAGCUCGGGAUUACCUGAACCUGUAUGUGAAGCCCACGCUGCUGGCAGGGCUCACUGCCCUGUGCAAAGAGAAGCCAGCAGACCCCCUGAUGGCAUCAGAAAGUGUCUCAGAAAUACUUGCUGUCAGCACAGAGAUUUGGCUUGCUGACUGGCUAAUUGAACACAAUCCUAAUAAACCUAAGCUACAAUAUCACGUCUCUCAGUAAGAGCAUCGGCGGUGAGAGCUUGGUGGAAACCAUCUCACACAUUCCAAGUUACAGAUGUGUAUUGUCAUUUUUGGUGUGUCCUUUGACUGUAUAACCAAUACUAUCUAAAGUAAAUGCAUUUGUCAUAACUGCUUGUGUCCUCAUGGGAUAAAUAACCCUACACUUAACCAGCAUGUAAUGGUUCUAAUACCUUCUCUACUGACAAAAUGAAUGUAGAAUUAUACAAUACAUUUUUGUCAUUGGGUGAUUAGAAAAAGACAAUGUUCUCAGAGGGUGUGACUUACUGCUAUUGUCCACAUUUUUCUUAGUUUGGCUGCAUGGGAGAACAAAAUCAUUUACAGCAGUGUGGAUUCCCAAAUAAAAUCCACCUGGUCUGUGCUUUGUAACGCCAAGGGUUGUGUUUCAGCAAUUUUUUAGCAUAAAUUCAGUUACAAAGGGAGGUAUUUGGAUAUAAUAUAGAAAACAAUUACUGGAGGCAUCUUAGCAACUUUGGAAUUUUAAUUAUUGAUUACAUCACCCAGCUAAGGUUGUCCUUGAAGAUGGUUCACUUAAGUCUGAUGUAUUUUGUCAGAAUGUAAUUUGAAGGACUUAUUUGAAGGUACAUUCAAUGCACCUUUCCCAUCUUGGUGGCAAAAGGCUCAAGGACUAUAAAUAACAAGAAGAUGUAUUUUAGUCAAGGACUAAGGUUGUCUUCCAACAUUUGUUUGCAAUAAAGGUGCUUAAUUGGAACAGCUCACCUUAAGAAUGUUUUCUGUGUUCUUCUGCUCCUAAAGGUACACAAAUUUCUGUUGUUUUCCUCAAACUUUCAUAUAUUCUGUUGAAGAAUUUCAUGGGAGUGCUCUUCCACAGGCAAUGGGUUAAUCCUAUGCUAUUGCCUUUUAUGAAGUAACUAAACUGUUUUUGGGGGAUGUGGGGCAUUUUAAUUUUCUUCAAAGAGCUGUACUUACGCUGUUAACUUCAAGCUUUGUAUCUUAUGGUUUGACUGGCUAUAAUGAAGAAAACAGCGUAAUUUUCAUAACUCUGAAAUAAGAGUAUGCUUGUCUAAUACUAAACAAACAAGCAAUUUCAUAAUUUGUUUCAUGAAAAAACUUGCUUCCCCAAUUUGAGUAAUUAUGAGAAACAUAAGUCAUUUUUCUGUAACAUCAAACUUUGUUGACGUGAAUUGUUUAUCCUCUCAGUGGAACAAACCACUAUUGCCAGCCCAGAUAAUAAACAUUUAGAAACGGGUCCCUACAGUACCAAGACCUAAAAAUCUUGGGACUGCCAAGAUAAGGAAAAAAAAAGAAAGCUCAAACACUCAAAUAAUGAAGAAUAAGAGUAUGAGGUGGUUAGAAAUACAGUAAACAGAUCUGUUUAAAACCAGUUUCUUUUGCCUAUAAUUAUUGUCCCCAUAUGUGGGGGUUGUGCUUUGUGGACAGUUGUGUACAGGACAGUUGUGCUUUGUGGUUUCCUGUCAGCCAAAUGAAAAAAUACAUUUUCUAAAGAUGUCAGAAACUAAAAUCUGUUGAAUUCACAAAGCAUUCCCCUGUAUUUUGUUAGUUACUAUGACAUUUGCCUGCUUAUUUUGAUGUGCUACUGUUUGACAAUAAAUACAUCUUUAAUGUUC